CAUUACACAUUGACAGCUCUGUUUUAUGUACGCAUCUCUGAUUAAGAAGCAGUGAUGUGUUUUGCAUUUUGAGUUGUGUAAUCUACACUUUGAGUUCAGGAACUGGAAGUUGUUUUAUUUGACAGUCUUGCGGGAAAAGUCGGUUAAAAAUGUCUGCCGAGUCAGCCGUGGAAAGGAAUGCUGAAAGAAGGAAACGAGUGUUUGUUGGUGCAUUGCCACCAGAUUUCUUGCGUAUUUCGACAGACACGCGACAACAGCAACAAGAGUCAGCUGAUCAGCAGGCUGCUCUGGCACUGCAUCAUCAGAUGGUCGGAAUGACAUAUGCACAGAACACUACAGGAAGACUUAGUAUUACCAUUGGUCAGGCAAAAUUAGUUAAAAAUUAUGGAAUGACUCGCAUGGAUCCUUAUGUGAGGCUAAGAGUUGGCCACUGUGUGUAUGAAACACACACUGAUCCCAAUGGUGGCAAAAAUCCAAGAUGGAAUAAAGUUAUACAGUGCCUGCUUCCUCAAGGUGUGACAAGCAUAUACCUCGAGAUUUAUGAUGAAUGCUCAUUUACCAUGGACGAAUUGAUUGCCUGGGCUCAUAUCCCAAUCCCACAGGCCGUAAUGAAUGGAGAAACACAUGAAGAAUGGUAUCAGCUAAGUGGAAAACAAGGCGAAGGAAUGGAAGGAAUGAUUAAUUUGGUCCUUAGUUAUACAACGCAUGUAGCUCCACAGUAUGUUUACUCAUCUGUUGCACCAGUGGUAAUGGUGCCAUCAGUAAACCCACCAGUGUAUGGAAUGAGGCCAUACGCACCAGUACCAGUCUACACUGCACCUCCAACACAGCCUCCUCAGACACACCUGUCAGAACAGGAACUUAAGCAGAUUGAAGAAAUGUUUCCUAAUAUGGACAAAGAAGUAAUUAAGUCUGUUUUUGAAGCUAACAGAGGCAGCAAAGAUGGUACAGUCAAUUCACUUUUACAGAUGAGUGAAUGAUGUGCUCAAUAGUGCACAUUUUCUGUAUGAUGUCAACAAGUACCUUAUGUUUAACAUAAGGCAUUGUAUUCAUUUAUAUUAAUGAGUGUGGUUUAAAUAUAUAUGAAUCCAGAAAAUGAUGUAUGUGCCAUGUUGUUAUAUUCUAUGUUAAUUAUCUUUAUUUUGUUAAUAUACAAAAAUUGUAACAGCUUAUUGAUUAUGCAGUUAAUAAUCAAAUUCAUUAAAAACUUUUACUCUGUCAUUUUAUUGUGAAAGGUUAUACCUGCAUUAAAAAAAUCAGCAAUCAGCUUUGAUGAUCUAUGUGAUGUACUUGUAAUAUGUAAUCAAAUAACUUGGAAUACUUAAGUUACUUUUAUAUGUAACAUAAUUCCAUACAAGACAUGAAAAUUCCAGCGUCAGGUGUUAGAGAUGAUUAAUAACCGUAUUAAUAUUUUUUGUUGUUAUAUUAUACCUCAGUAUAAAGAGCGAAAUACUGGGGGAGAAUGUGUUGGGCUGGCAUUGAAAUCCUCUUUUAGGUAAAAAAUACUCAUUGUUUGUGUGUGUUAUUUGUCAGUGCACAUUAUUCAAUCCUCUCACGAUUAUAAUAAACAGUGUAAAAGGGGAAA